ACGGAUUUAAAAAGCAGUGUAACGGGGUUUCAGCUGUUCGCAUGACCUCCCCUUAUAAGUGCAUCCUGAUGACUAACCUCUUAAUUGUACCAUGAUUUUGUGUCAAAACAGAUGUUGAAAAUUCUCUGAAAUUAAACUGAAACUGAUUCACUUCUAUUAAUGUUCAAUACUUCUCUUUUCCGUUACUUUCAUUAUGGUCAAAGUUGAUGUGGAAUAUUGUGGUAAAUGUAAUUUCGAAUGGCAAUGCAAAAUGUUACAGAACUUUCUCCAAGAACAGAAGCCGGGCACUGACAUCGUAUGCCAUAAAGGACGACAAGGAUCUUUCGAAGUGAAAAUUAACGACGAAUUAGUGCACUCGAAACUGAAAUCAUUGGCCUUUCCCGAUCACCAAAGUGUUUUAGAAAACGUGAAGCGGGCGGAGCUAGGUCAACCCAUGGAGAAAACAAAAGAGCAACCCAUUGAUAAUUGUAUAAUUAUGUGAUGAUAAUGGGUCGGUGGCGAUAGCGAUGUACAAAUAUACGCACAUGGAAAUAGUAAAUAAAAAGCCUUAUACGUAGUUAAACUA